AACCAGUAAAAUACUUGAAGAUAAAACCAGAGAACAUCCGAGCUUAUUUUCAGACGUGGCUAGUGAUGUCACCGACAAAUUGACAAUUUGUUUGUAAACAAAAGCAAUUACACAGUUAUAGAUUGACAAAAUGAUGGAGGAAUCAUCUGAUGAAUCCACAGAGAUUAUAACUAAAGAAGAAGCAGAUAUGGCGAGGCAAAUGCAAGAAGCAGAAAUAAAUGCUUCAGGUAGUUCCACACCAGCUCUUCCUACACCAAACAUCAGUAGUGUCUCACCUCCUACACCACUUCCUGCUUUUAUGAAUGUUAGUAGUUCAGCAGAAAAAGAGGGAUCACCUUUGUCUACACCACAAAGACCAAGUCCUGGAUCAGCCAUAUCAACACCAGGGUCUGCUGUGGCAACACCAGUACCAAGUCCAGCAACAUCUUCUAGUAUUGCAGCUCCAGCUCCAAUCCAGUCUCCUUAUGAAGCAAGUGCACAGAUUGAAGUACCAGCAGAAAUGAUCCCUGUAUCACCACAGAGUCCUGCAGGUCAAGAUAAAGGGCUGUUUGGGUGGAUAUCUGGAAACAAAAUCAUGUCCAAAGUGAAGAGCUCAAUGGAAACAAUGAUCACAACAUUGGACCCUGGGAUGAGAGAAAUUAUCAAAUCUGGUGGAGAUAUAGAUAUAGUAGUUACAUCAUCCAAUGAAAACAAAGUUGGAGCUGUUAGGGAAGCAUUUCAGCAUGUUUUUGGGAGAGCCACAGUUUCAGGGGUGGAUAGUCAAGCAACAACAGCAGCACAACCUGUUGGGUUUACUGCAGGUCUGAAAGGUGCAGAAGAGAGGAUUCAGAAUCUCAGACAACAAGGAACAAUUUCAGAAGAUAUUCCUGUGGUUUCAUUAGAAGGAUUCAUUAUAGAAACACUUCCUGACAGAUGGUUUGAAAUGACGUGUUUAAUUCUUCGGGACCCAUCACAUAGAGUAGAACUUCAGACAUUCUCACAACCUACGCCUGUACCUGCAGAAUAUAUACUAAAAGCGCAAGACUCAACAGCAUCAGAUUAUCCGUUACGAUGGUCAGGACUGGCGAAGUCUAUUGGUCAAGUUAUAGAAGAAACAAACCCUCAUAUUGGACAUAGUGAUUGGCAGAAUGCAUUGACUGGCAUCAGUCGGAGAGAAUCUCUGUGUAUGGCUUCAAGACAACUAGCAUUCAUGUAUAAAGAAAGGCUUCCUACUUCAUUUGUAUCAUAAAUAGAAUGUAUUUUAACUUUUCUUGUUACAGGGUUCAUAUUUUAAUUUUCCUUUUUGUCUUUUACUUUAAAGGCUUUUUAAAAGCUAUUUUUGGGCUUAUGAUGACACUAGUCAAAAGAUAUAUUUAGGAUUACUGAAAUCAGUUUCAGUUGUCAAUGAAAAACCAAAAUGAAAAAAAAAUCAUGAACAUACUAUUUCUUUUAAAAAGGGAAAAAUGAUAAAAUUCUGUUUUUCAAUGUACACUCUUUUAAUGCGAUUUACAUAUGUAUUGUAAACAUUUAAUUUGAAGGAUUUAUUCUCAAUUGUCUUCCAAUUAACUGAAGUAGACAAACAAAUCAAACUUGAAUGAGUUGCAGGUAAAAUGCUUAUUGAUUACUUCUAUGAUUUAAAAAAUAUUUGGUAUUUGGAAUGCAAUAAACAAUUGUAAUCUAUUUUAGAAAAGGAAUAUUGUAAAUGUUAAGAUAAAAUCCAACCUUUUAAAUAGUGGCAUUAUAGCUUUCAUUGUAGUUGUUUGGUUUAUGUACAUGACAUGUGGAAAGGUGAAUUAUCAUCCUUAAUAGUAAUAUAUAUCUGUUGCAUCUGUGAGCAUUUGUUUUUAUUCAUUACACAAAUUUCUAACUUUUUCAUGGUAGAAAAUACAUUGCAUUACAUUGCUGUGGUUGGAAUGAAUGUACCUACACAUGUUAAUGAUGUGAUUUGGGCAAACUUGAGAUAAUCUUUUCAUGUGUUAUUAUGUGAUGUAUGAAAGAACACAAACAUUAAUGGGAGUUUAGGUGCUUGAUUUAGAACUGCUUAAUAAAAAUUUCAAAUGAAACAUUGCAUUACUUUACUUAAAGAUUUAACAAAUGUAUGAAUGACUUGAUAUUUAUUCAAUUAGAGUUAUAUCCCUUUAUCAGAAUAUAAACCAUGUAAGUGCUAUUAUGUUAGUAAAGUCAUUCGUUUGAAAAUCACUAAUAAAUCAUUCCUUCAUUAACUGAAACUGAAGUCUUAUUAGUAAAGUGUUGAACAUGACCCUUUCAUAACAAGUUGAGCUUUAGUUAGUACCUACUAGGAAUUUCCUACUCAGUAUACCAUUUCAAGGAGGAUGAAAAGUCUUAGAAUUCAGCAUUUUAGUAAAUGUAAGAAAAUUAUGAAUGUUGACUAUAGAGUUUCAAUUUUUUAUUGGAAAUAAAAAAACACUGCAAAUAGAUGACACCCAUCAUUAAACAUAUUUUUAUGCCCCCGCCGUAGCGGAGGGGCAUUAAGUUUUACCCUUGUCCUUCUGUAUGUCUGUAUGUCCCAAAAUUGGUUUCCUUUCUCUAACUUUAGUUUGCCUCAACCAAAUGUUAUGAAACUUAUACACAAUGCUUAUUGCUACAAAACACAGAUCAAGUUUGAAUUUUGGUGGCGUCACUUAUACAGUUCUAGAGUUAUGCCCCUUUACAAAUGCAAAAAUUGCUGAAUUUUUCAUUUCUGUUCUCUAACUUAAAUUUGCCUCAACUAAAUGUUAUGAAACUUAUAAACAAUGCUUAUUACCACAAAACUCAGAUCAUGUACAAAUUUGGGUAGCGUCAUUUUUACAGUUAUUGAGUUAUGUCCCUUUAUAACGUUAUAUGCAAGUGGGGGCAUCAUCUGUGUCCCAUGGACACAUUCCCCAUUUAUUUAGUAAAUAUAUUAAAAACUGAAACAACUUUAAGAUUAUUAGAUAUAGAAAGAUGGCAAAUAUUGUUCAUCUUAGAAUUUGUUAUUUUGAUAUCAAUAAGUAAUCAAAGAUGGCUGCUGUCAGAGAUAACCGUAAAGUUUGACAAUAAAAUUCUAUGGAAAAAUUCAGCAAACAUUUUCUCUCUGAACUGAAUCUUCAGAUUGAACCAGUAAAAUUUUGAUUCAACAAUCAAAAACUUGUAAUUUUGGUGUCUGUAAACAAUUCAGCAUUGCUUCAAUAGUAAAUGAGUACAGCAACUAAUUGGUAGAUACCAUGAUAGCAGUUCCCUACAUUUACCCUUUGUGAUAAUCUGACAUCAUCAUGACCUGUUCACAAUUUACGGGCUUGAGAUAUAUAACAAAAAGCAUAAUACAAAUGUGAGUCUUUCAUGUUUUGUAAAUGACAACCUAAUAUUUAUGAAAUACUGGUAAAUUGGAUAAAAAAUUUAAGGUUUUUGUCAGAGUAUAUGUAUUUUUUACAAUGCUGGCCUAUUAUUGUGUAUGUCCCCUAAGUCCAUUCAUUUAAUGUUAUAUCAAAGGACCUAUGGUUGUAUUUACUUAAAGGUCAAACAAAAUUUACAGAGAUGAAUUCUGUCUCAAGAAUAAUUCAGUUUUUAAAUACUCCGUUUUCUUGGUAUGCAGCAAGAAUCUUUCCCCAAGUAUUCUUUUUAUGUUGAUACAACAGAUUUGAUAAAAGAAAACCAAUAACUGUAGUAACAUGAAGAAUUUUUAUCAUUUAUGAUUUUGAUUGGUUGUUUGAUAUUAAAUAUUACAAUGUAUGUAUUAAAUAUAUAAGCCUUUGACUGUCUAGUUUACCUUAAAGCCUUUGUUAUGUAUUAAUUUAUUCAUUAUGUAUUACUGCAAUUGGGUUUAGAUGUCAUUGUAAAUGGCAAAUUGUACAAGUGUAUAGAAUAUUCAAUAAAUUAUUUAAAAUACA